AUGUAUAAUUCUGAUAUCGCGAUCGUAACUCGACUCGUUUGUCACCCUCGCCGAGUCGACCGCGUGUAAAGACUCACCUGAGCAGCAAGGCGGAACGUUUGGGGGCUGUUGCCCUGGCAACCAUCCGCUGGCCUGCACGCUGCCGCGAGGACUGCCGAGCGCCAGCGGUGUCACAGGAGACGAGUCCUGGUGAUGUCAGCGGUCUUAUUUAACCGCGAGCCCCAUGCGGCUGAGAGGGAGCAGACGGGCAGGAAGAGUGGCGCUCUUUCCAUCUUUGGACAACUUCUUAUCUUUCCAGCGAAGGCCUCGUGCGUUUGGUGGAGCAGCCGGCAGGACUGGAUCAGGACUGGACAGGAUCGGGCCUCCAGGAGGAGUGAAGACCGGAGCAGACGCCGCAGGAUUGGUCAGAUCCCCUCACCAGCUGGAGUUGCUCUUCUCCACACAACCCCAGCUCUGUGCGCUGUGACUCUGUGCUCCAUCACUGUCUGAUUUCAUAUUUCAUAUUCUGCUUGAACGCUGUGUGUGGAAGUGGUCACACCGUGUGAAAGGUCACAUGGACCGAGGCUGUAGGGGAGCGAGAACCUCAGCUUGUGUCCUCAUCUAGGGCAGUGGAUAGAAUUGCACCCCACCUCCCCAGUGAGCCCACACACACACACACAACACGCACACACACACACACACAUACGUGUGCAUACUCACCAUGAGGGAAAUGGAGAGAAAACACCCCAUCAUAGCUGCACGACAACAAGGUAAGCCUGUGUGUGUACACACUCUUUAAUGUACUUUAUCUCCUGGUGACGGGAACAUCACUGAUGGUUCCACAACAUCGUGUUUGACUCUACUGUAAACCAUAAGGAUCAGACUGCAGGUUUAAAGUAACAGGAAGCUCAUUAAAUAUGCAGCUGUACUUGAGCAGGUACAUUUGUCCAAGAGAAGCCGCUUUGAAGUCGAAGAUGUGAACCUGGUUUCUGCGUGCCGCUGCUCCUCUGCCUCAACAAUUACUGCAGAGGUGUCCACUUGAGACAGCUUGACAUCUGACCUUUCCUAGGGGGGUUCACUGGCGUCUCACCUCGUGUCCCGUCACGUGCCUGCAUGUGUAUGUUACUAGGACCCGGACCGGGCCGCUACUCCCUCCCGACGACCAUCGGCUUUGUUGGCCACGACUUCACGAAGCCCUCCAGCCCGGCGUACUCCUUCCACAGCAGGAUGAGCAGCAGCAUGUAUUUCAUAGACUCCAGCCCUGGGCCUCAGUAUCACAUCGAUGGCAAAAUGACCCGUUUCGGAAGGGAUGGUGUCCCCGCUUUCACCAUGCAGGGCAGAUCCAGGGGGUCCGGUGGACCUGCUUGUGACCCGACCCCGCCGUCAUCCCUGAGCUCACCAACACACGUCCUUCCUGCAGUUGGAACUUUCCAGACUCCGGGACCCGGAGCCUACAGUCCCGAGGCCGCUCCUCCACUCAACAACCAUCAGAGGCCUCCGUCCUACACCAUGGGUUCUCGCACCCGUUACCGCUCUGUGGAUGCUGUGCCAGCCCCCAACCGCUACACCCUCCCUGCGCUCAUGGGCUGUCAGGUGCCCAACAAGUCGAACAGUGCCAGCUACACCAUCGCGGGGCGCUGCAGGUCUGGGGGCCCCUCUGAGGACCUCGCUCAGACCCCGGGGCCUGGAAAGUACAACCGCCCUGAUCCUGGCGUCUACCUGCCCCGGCAGCCCGCCUACUCCAUGCUGGGUCGGCACAGUGGCCCCAGGGACGGCACCCAGAAGCCAGGCCCCGGUGCCUACAGCCCCGAGAGGGUAAUGUCCCACAAACGGCGGUCCCCAUCCUACUCCAUGGGCAUCAGGCACUCAGAGUUUGUCACUCCGCUGGUGGUGGACCUGUUGGACUGAACAUCAGCAGUCAGUUCUAGUCUCCCUCUCUACAAAGAAACCAAAAUG